AUGGUUUCUACCAAAAGUCGACCAAAUGGCCAGGUGGCCAGCGAGAAACCACAUGUCGUUAUCAUUGGUGGCUCUCUUGGAGGCCUCUUCGCCGGAGUCGCUUUGAAGGCGCACGGCUAUAACACAACGAUUUUAGAGCGAACUCCAACCUUCCUCCUGGACAACCAAGGUGCUGGCAUUGUUGCAGGUGGAGAUACACUAUCUUUCUUUGAAAAGUAUGAUCGAACGGGCAAACCAGUAGCAGUUCCGAGCUUCAAGAGGUUGUAUCUCAACCAAAAAGGAGAUGUCAUCCACGAAGAAGUCAAUCGUCAGAAUAUGACAAGCUGGGACUUGUGUUAUUAUUUACUUCGUGCCAACUACGACCGGGUCGAAAGCGGAUAUCUGGAAGAUGGUGGAAAGCUGCCAGAGGUGAGAGAGGGUGUUGAUGGGAGCGUGAAUUAUCGUUAUGGCUGUACGGUCACAUCCAUCGAAGAUCAAGGUGAUAUGGUCAGCGUAAAGUUCAAAAGAGCUGGUGAAGAUGGCGUUGAGGUUGAGGAGGAAAUCAAGAGUAGGCUGGUUGUCGCUGCUGAUGGCCCGAGUUCAACAGUCCGCAAGUUCCUCCAACCCGAGGUAGAACGAACAUACGCAGGCUAUGUAGUCAUACGCGGGACGGUCCCAGAACUCGAAGCCUCACAAUCUGCUCUCGAGGUAUUCCGGGAACGCUUCUGCUUCUUCCACGCCCCAGGGAUCCAAAAUCUGACCUACACCAUUGCUGGCCAGAACGGAAAUACCAAUCCCGGCCACAGACUGCUCAAUUUCGUCUGGUACGCCAACUUCCCCGAAGGAUCGCGAGAGCUGGACCAGCUCAUGACCGACAAAGAUGGUCGACGCCGCCACAUCACCAUCCCACCCGGCAAGAUCGCAUGGGAUGCCUGGGAAAUGCUCAAAUCCAAAGCAGACGACACGCUACCACCACAAAUGGCCGAAAUGGCACACAAGACUCGCUCGCCCUUUGUACAAUGCAUCACCGAUGUCAUCACCCCUAAGAACCUCUACAUGGGAGAUAAAGUUGUAUUGAUAGGUGACGCGCUCGCGGGUUUCAGACCUCAUACAGUCGCUUCGACUUCGCAGGCUGCGUUCAAUGCUAUGAGUCUGGUGGAGUGGUUGGACGGAGAGAUAGAACGAAAGCAAUUCGUAAAGCAGACUAUGGAGUAUGCGAGAUUGAUCCAGAAUCGAGGAGUGAUGAUGGGGACGAGAUCGCAGUUUGAGACGCUGGAUGUGGAGGAGUAUAUCAAAGAUCGGAAUUUGGCUAGUACGAAGCGCUGGGAUGAUGUGUAUCCUGAGUGGACGAGGGAGGGUUUGGAGACGGUGUGA